UUAAUGGAGAACAGCUCAGAAGUGACAGAAUUCAUCCUGUUGGGAUUGACAGAUGACCCCAACCUUCAGGUUCUUCUACUACCGAUAUUUUUAUUUAUCUACCUUGUCACUUUGAUUGGUAAUGGAGGAAUGAUGGUCAUAAUCUUCUCAGACUCCCACCUCCACACUCCCAUGUGCUUCUUCCUCAGUCACCUGUCCUUUGUAGAUCUGAGAUACUCAACAGCUGUAGCUCCCAAGAUGGUGGCUGCACUUCAGUCAAGGAACAAGGUCAUCUCCUACAAUGGGUGUGCAGCUCAGUUUUUCUUCUUUGUGGGUUUUGCCACUGUUGAGUGCUAUCUUCUAGCUUCCAUGGCCUAUGACCACCAUGCGGCAGUGUGUAGGCCUCUUCAUUACACCACCACCAUGACAACGGGUGUUUGUGCCAUCCUGACUAUUGGCUCUUAUGCCUGUGGCUUCCUCAAUGCCUCAAUCCAUGUAGCAGAUACCUUCAGACUAUCCUUCUGUGGUUCUAAUAAAAUUAAUCAUUUUUUCUGUGACAUACCCCCACUCCUGGCCCUUGCAUGUUCCAAUACACACACCAGUAAGCUUGUUGUCUUUUUUGUUGUGGGAUUCAAUGUCUUUUUUACCCUCCUGGUAAUUCUCAUCUCUUACCUUUUCAUAUACAUUGCUAUUCAAAGCAUGAAGUCUUCUGAGGGACGAAAGAAAGCUUUCUCCACCUGUGCUUCUCACCUCACUGCCGUGUCCAUUUUCUAUGGCACAAUCAUCUUCAUGUACUUGUAGCCCAGUUCUGGUUAGUCUAUGGACACAGACCAAAUAGCAUCUGUGUUCUACACUGUAGUGAUUCCCAUGCUGAACCCCUUGAUCUACAGCCUGAGGAACAAAGAGGUGAAAAGUGCCCUCUGGAAAAUACUCAAAAUACAUUACUCUCAGUCUUUUAGUGUAAGUUGGAAGUAG